AUGGGAACAACAGAGGAUCUUGUCAGAUUUAAUAUUUUGUCUACUCAGCCGUUAUCCGUAACGCCCGAAAUAUGUCUGUACUACGAGAGUCAAGGAUUUCAAGAUCAAGUCACAAUAGCUUACCAUCGACUUAGGAGAGCUAGAAGUAUUGGAAAUCGGAUUAGCAGCCUUACUUAUGCGUAUUAUUUGGGA